GGGUGAAGAAGGAACCAGAGCAGGAAGAGCGGCUGCGAGGCGGCGGAGCAGAGGCAGCGGCUGAGUUGGUCGCGGCGACGGCGACGGCGAGGGCUCUCGACCUUCGAGAGCAGGAUGCAGGUCCGCGUCGGGCUGUCGUUGCUGCUCUGCGCGGUGCUCCUGGGCUCGGCAUCCGCGACCUCGGAUGACAAAAGUAACCAGGAUGAAUCCUUAGAUUCCAAGAGUUCUUUGCCCACAGAUGAGUCGGUGAAAGACCACACCACCACAGGCAAAGUGGUUGCUGGCCAGAUAUUUGUUGAUUCUGAGGAAUCAGAGGUGGAGUCCCUCCAUGAUGAUGAAGAUAGCUCCAAGGCCCAGGAGGAAGUCAGUGUCCCUGAAGAGAUCAGCCUUUUAGAAUCUCCGAAUCCAAGCAGCAAGACCUACGAAGAACUGAAGAGAGUGCGGAAGCCAGUCUUGACUGCCAUUGAAGGUACAGCGCACGGGGAGCCCUGCCACUUCCCUUUCCUCUUCCUGGAUAAGGAGUAUGAUGAGUGCACCUCGGACGGGAGGGAAGAUGGCAGACUGUGGUGUGCCACAACCUAUGACUACAAGACAGAUGAGAAGUGGGGCUUCUGCGAAACUGAAGAAGAUGCUGCCAAAAGACGACAAAUGCAGGAAGCAGAAAUGAUCUAUCAGACCGGGAUGAAGAUACUGAAUGGAAGCAACAGGAAGAGCCAGAAGCGAGAAGCGUAUCGGUACCUUCAGAAGGCAGCAGGCAUGAAUCACACCAAAGCCCUGGAGAGGGUGUCCUAUGCUCUCUUGUUUGGUGAUUACCUCACACAGAAUAUCCAGGCAGCUAAAGAGAUGUUUGAAAAACUGACUGAGGAAGGUUCUCCCAAAGGACAAACUGGCCUUGGCUUUCUCUACGCUUCUGGACUUGGUGUUAAUUCAAGUCAGGCAAAGGCUCUUGUAUAUUAUACUUUUGGAGCUCUUGGAGGCAACCUGAUAGCCCAUAUGAUUUUGGGUUACCGCUACUGGGCUGGCAUUGGAGUCCUCCAGAGUUGUGAAUCGGCACUGACCCAUUAUCGUCUUGUUGCCAAUCAUGUUGCCAGUGAUAUCUCCCUGACUGGAGGCUCUGUAGUCCAGAGGAUACGGCUGCCUGAUGAGGUGGAGAACCCAGGGAUGAACAGCGGCGUGCUGGAAGAAGAUCUGAUUCAGUAUUACCAGUUCCUAGCUGAGAAGGGGGACGUCCAAGCACAGGUUGGUCUGGGACAGCUGCAUCUGCAUGGAGGGCGUGGAGUAGAACAGAACCACCAGAGAGCAUUUGACUACUUCAACUUAGCAGCAAAUGCUGGCAAUUCACAUGCUAUGGCCUUCCUGGGAAAGAUGUAUUCUGAAGGAAGUGACAUCGUUCCUCAGAGUAAUGAGACGGCACUUCACUACUUUAAGAAAGCCGCUGACAUGGGCAACCCAGUGGGACAGAGCGGGCUUGGAAUGGCCUAUCUCUACGGGAGAGGAGUUCAAGUAAAUUACGACCUGGCUCUCAAGUACUUCCAGAAGGCUGCUGAGCAAGGCUGGGUGGACGGGCAGCUGCAGCUCGGCUCCAUGUACUACAAUGGCAUUGGAGUCAAGAGAGAUUAUAAGCAGGCCUUGAAGUAUUUUAAUUUAGCUUCCCAAGGGGGCCAUAUCUUGGCUUUCUAUAACCUAGCACAGAUGCACGCCAGCGGCACAGGGGUGAUGCGAUCCUGUCACACUGCGGUGGAGUUGUUUAAGAACGUGUGUGAGCGAGGUCGCUGGUCAGAGAGACUGAUGACCGCCUACAACAGCUAUAAGGACGAGGACUACAAUGCUGCAGUGGUCCAGUACCUCCUGCUGGCCGAGCAGGGCUACGAGGUGGCGCAGAGCAACGCGGCCUUCAUCCUCGACCAGAGAGAAGCAACCAUUGUAGGUGAGAAUGAAACUUACCCCAGAGCUUUGCUGCAUUGGAAUAGGGCCGCCUCCCAAGGCUAUACUGUGGCUAGAAUUAAACUUGGAGACUACCAUUUCUAUGGAUUCGGCACUGACGUGGAUUACGAGACAGCAUUUAUUCACUACCGCCUGGCCUCGGAGCAGCAACACAGUGCGCAGGCCAUGUUUAACCUGGGCUACAUGCACGAGAAGGGUCUAGGCAUCAAACAGGACAUUCACCUUGCAAAGCGCUUUUAUGACAUGGCAGCUGAGGCUAGCCCAGAUGCACAAGUACCUGUGUUCCUCGCACUCUGCAAACUAGGUGUCGUCUAUUUCUUACAGUACAUCCGGGAAGCCAACAUUCGAGAUCUGUUCACACAACUGGAUAUGGACCAGCUCUUGGGACCCGAGUGGGACCUUUACCUCAUGACCAUCAUUGCCCUGCUGUUGGGUACAGUCAUAGCUUACAGACAGCGACAGCACCAGGACAUACCAGUUCCCAGGCCCCCGGGGCCACGGCCAGCUCCUCCCCAGCAGGAAGGACCAGCAGAGCAGCAGCCACCACAGUAGCAGCCACGUACUUACCUGGGCCCGUGGCCACGGGGGCUGCUUGCCGAGAACACUGCAUUUGGCGUAGGGUUCUAGACGGUGGCCGCUGCCUGGAACAGGCAUGAGGAAGUGUUGAAUUCCAGAAGCUGCUUAGAACCUGCCGCCUUCCUUUCAGGGAUGAGUAGCUCUCACCAGAGCCACAGUGAAUGUUUGUGUCAGUGCCGUAUGGAAUGACAACUCUCAGUGGCUUUCCUCUUUUUCCUCCUUUUUCUUUCUUCGUUCUGCAAACAUAUACAAGAUGCUUGAGUCAUGUCUACUGUACCCACUGUCUUUCCUGAGAGCCUUCUGUCAUCCUGUCGAUGCGCAUAAGUUCUUAUGUCUUUUAAGGUCCUGAGCAUUGACAACCUGGGAAAACCCUAAAAACAUGCUUAAGUCUGAGAUUAGAACUUGCCUUUCAGUCAAAAGCAAAACAAGCCAAGCAAGACGUCUUCAGGGUGUGUGGGAAAUGCAGGAACUGGGAAUUUUACCAGUCUACAUACAAGUUCAUAUAUUUGGCACUCUUAUUUUAAAAGGGGUUAUUGAGUGGAUUCCUGUACUGUGACUGACACUUCAUAGCAAACUCUUCCUUGAAGAAGGCAAGGCUUUGCUAAAGAAUUCUUUGUGACAUCAUGUCCUUGCAGUGGAGUAAAAGCAAAACUCAGUGGACUGACUCCUCGUCUCACGUAGGACUUUCCCCAGCUGCUCAUGUGAGUGGCUUGUCUGUCUGAGUAUACAGAGCCCUAGACCAGAUGCCAGAGGACGCACUAAGUGGAGAGAUCAGAAGACAGCCUUAACCGACCUGAGGUGGGAUCUGAGGCACACCCUCCCUCCCUCAGGGUGACGAAUUUCUUCCCAGGUUUCAUGUUACUUCACAUUUCUUACAGCACAGAGAACAGAUAACCCUCCGAAAGUCUUCAAAUACGAAAUACUAUUGGCAAGAUAUGGCAGGUAGUGACUUCCUAAGACUCAGAAAAUGGAGGGUGGGUUAGACCCAAUGCAUGGCAGAGCAAAGCCUGGGUGGACCAUCGAGUGUGCUGUGGGAGCUUUGCAUUUCUGACUGUUUCAUGUGGGGUAGAAAGUCAGCCACUGCGUAGCUGUCAUGUGAUCACCCUUCUGUGGUAAACAUGAGGAAAUUAAAGCUGCUACACUUCGCAUUGCCUGCUUAAGUAAGAUGCAAACACAACAGAAAUUGAGAACUUCACAGAACCACCCCUGUGAAAGAACGAAUGCCCAAGCUAAAUUUGUGGUUCUCGUAAUCUGUCAGAUGGUAGCAUUCAGCAGCCACACCCACCUUUCAUUAUCACCUUUACAUUGUUUUCUGUAAUCCCUGUCUGCAAUGAAACUUGACCUUAUCACUUGUGGAGUUUGGAAAGCUUUGAGUUUGAAUGUUGGGAUUGUAAUCAGAAUUCAGUUUAGUUCAUCUAUACUGAACAUGAAGGCUUUACAUGUGAAGUUGUGUACAUUCGUGUGUGCUUACAGUAUUAUGGGAAACCCAGUAAGCAAAUUUUUCUCAAAGAUAUUUGCCUCCAAAUUUGAAGAUGUGGCCACAGAGAGGCAAAUCUUUGAGAGGCAGCCAGCAUUCCUCUCAAAACUGUAACGUUGCUUUGGGCAGCACUUGUAAAUAGUAAGGCUUAUUUGGUGUCCUGUGCUUAAAGAUGAGAUUGUGAGUGGUGCAGGAAGCAGGGUCCUUUACUGCUGCCUCCUCUCCCAGCCCCACCCUCAGCCGAGUAAGUGAAAUCCAUGGUUCUGUCGCUCGCUAACUCGCUCGCUCGUUAGAAGGUGGGUUUUACAUUAUUUGCAGGGCCUGGGCACAGUGGUGUGUACCUAUAGUCCCCUGUCAGUGGGGGACUGAGUGAAGAAGAUCACAUUAGGCCAGGGGUUUAAGACCAGCUUAGGCAAUACAACAAGACCCAGUCUCUAAAAAUAAAUAAAUGGAAAGAUGGAAGCCAGUGCUUCUAUGGUUUCCCGCGCCAUCCACCUCCAGCCUCCUUAGACAGCAGCAGGUUCACGUCCAUCUUACUUCCCACAGACAGGACUUGGAGAAAAUAUUUCUUAAACUAGUGUACACUACCUAAGGCUGGAUGGGACAGUCUAGGUCUGUUCUUCAUGAGGAGACUCACUCCUUGCUGUCCUCUUUACGGUCACUACAGCACAUGCCCUUCCGUCCACUUGUUUCCAGCCGGGGGCAUCGGCUUCCAGAAUUCUGGAGUGUGUUUAAGAUGAUUCAGUUCUUAGCUUCUUUCAUAGAUGGUCUCAAAGCGCUUUGCUCCUGUUCUCUUCCUGUUCAUGGGACGUGGUACCUAAGCAAAUAGGAAUUGGGUUCGUGUUUCUCUUAAAAAAUAAUGCACAGUACUUACUAAUGGCAUCCAUUUGAAUGAAGUGGCAAUACAGCUAGUUAAUGUCAGUGACAUUAAGCCAACUCCAGGAUUUGGGAGUCUUAGCAUUAGGAUUUAGAUUUACCAGAUAGAGCGUGGCUUCCUUCCUCCCUGUAGCCCAUCCCUACUGCUGCCUUUCGUGGUCUGUCUGGCAGCCUACAAAGGCUCUCUCUCCAGCCUCUGUUCUCCUGUGCACCUGCCCCAUUGGGCAACCAGCUGUUUCAGAGUCUAGAGACCACAAGUUUUACUUCUGUGGUGUUGUACAAAGGUGGAGUUUUUGUUUUUUAAGUUUUUAUUUCUGAUUUCUGGGUUUUCUUAGUUACUAGUCAGUAAUACAGAAAAAGGUCAGACAAGGGCUUUUUUCCCCAAAAUUUUAUUAAUACCUAAACUAGAUUAAUAUAAAAGUAAAAGUCCUAAAUCUUGAUAUUCCUGAAGGUUUGUAAUUCUUCUGAAAAUGUAUAUCUAGAGAGAUUAAUUUCUGAACAUUUUAUCCCUCGUCACCUCAGCCAUGGAGAAGCAUUAGAGACCUCCUCCAGGGAUCUGGUGAAAAACCAGCGGACUGGGUGUUCUAUACCCAGAAGUUAGGUUUGUUUGUCUGGGUGGUUGGGUUUCUCUCUCUCUCUGCUCCUCCGGUUUGCUCUCUAUGCUUGGGAGCAGGCCUGUCAGCCUCCAAAUGCAGACCUCAACUCCGUGUGUAUAUGUGUGUGUGUGUGUGUGUGUGUGUGUAUGGGUGUGUGGGUGUGUGUGGCAUUGCACCAGUGACUAAUCACAUCUGCAAAACUUUACUUCCCAGGGCUUUGGACUUGCACCUCACAUAUAUUUCAAAACAAGGCGCUUCUAGUCAUCCCCCUCCCAGCCAAGAAGAGCAAGCAGGCUUAUAUUUACUUCAGAAAUAGCUGGUAUUUGAAAGUAAUUCUAAAGUACACUAUACAAUAUUAUGGCCCUGAGAUAUGCAAGAAAUAACCAGAGCGAAAGAAAAGUAUUUUAUGCAAAAAAAUAUUUUCGUCAGUUAUAUUGCUCAGAUACAAAAGAAACUAUUUCUGGAUACUGUAUUGUCAGGUUUUUAAAUGGGUAGUGUUCUUUGAAAAAGAAACUAAGUGUCUUCACCCACUAGGGACUUCAAGAAAAGUUGAAAUAACCCCAUAUACCAAUGAUUUAUAUCUUAAAGAGACUGUUUACACAUUCAUUAAAAAGCCGAUUCUGUAUGCAUAUGAAGGGUCCUUUGGUUAUGAGCAGAAAGUCGUCCAGAUGUUCUUUCUUUACUAUUUAUUGGUGAACGAUCUGACACUAUUUUUCUUUAUUUAAAAACAAUGUUGAUAUGAUCAAAGUAUGACCACUAGACAUGUUGAGGGACGAUGUACUUAAAAGAGCAUAGGCUGACGUCAUGAAGGAACACCAUACUAGACUUUUUGUAAAUUUAUUUUAUAUUUAAUGGAAUGCAGUAUAACGGCUGGUGAAGUGUAUUAUAAUUGUGUAAACAAAUCCUGUUAAUAGAGAGAUGUACAGAUUCAUUUUGUACUGUAUCUUGAACCUUGUGAAAUAAAGAUCCCAUCUCUGGUUA